AUGGCGUCCCGCGCCACAGCCGUGGCAACCGAAGUUGACUAUUAUGAAUUAUUGUCUGUGUUGCCGACAGCCUCUGAGGCAGAAAUCCGUCGCGCAUACAGGAAAACUUCCCUGCUGUACCACCCCGACAAGGUCAAGCCAACGCCUGAGACACUCGACAAGUUUCAGUUGCUGCAGACCGCCUUAAACAUCCUAACUGAUGCUGACGAGAAGCGGAAGUAUGACCAGACUCGAGAGGCGAGACACAGGCGGCUAGCCGAGACCGCUGCCCUUGACAGUCGGAGACGCCAAAUGGUGGAAGACUUGGAGAAGAGAGAGGCUGCCUCCGUCAACGGCGGUGUGAAAAAUGGUGUAAAGCGCACGUGGACAGAUCGUGAGCUGGAAAUCAAACGCAUACAAGAAGAGAACAGGAAAAGACGGGAGGAUGCCAUGGCCAAGAAGGUCGGCGAAGCCCAAGCGCGUGCUGAGGCCGCUCAGGCAAAGGAAGAAGCGCAACCCUCAGAGUCAAUCGAUCGGUCUGUCAAGGUGCGUUGGGUGAAAGAGGGUGAGGGGCUGGAAAUCGACCAGGAAGCCCUGGAGGAUAACUUCGCAGUCGGGGAUGUUGAAAACGUCGUCCUCCUAAAGGACAAAAAGCGCCGCAUCGAGGGCCGCGGGGAUAGGAAGGUCUUACUGGGCACGGCCGUCAUCGUUUUCAGAACAUUGGCAAUCGCUAAGAAAGUAGUGUCACAGGGACCGUGGGAAAACAUCGAGAGUGUCGAGUGGGCGGCUGGGAACGCCAACGAGGUGCCUGAUGGCGGUUGA